AUGUUAAUUGCAUGUGAGAGAUGGUUUCUGCCAUCCAUGGAUUGUGUUACAGUCGACACUGUCAUAUACGCAUACCUUUUGGCCGCUCACUAUUUAUGUAACCGCCAGACAAGAGCAGCCUUCCUCACGUUAGGGACGACCGUACGCGCCGCACAAUCUAUAGGCCUUAACAGGGAGGCACAAUGGGGCGAGGUCAGUGACAUCGAACGAGAAACUCGCAGAUGUGCGUGGUGGUCGGUCUUCAUAGGAGCAGGGUUCAUCUCCAUGUCGUGGGGCACUCCGCCGAUGCUCAGUGAGGCAGACUGCCAGGUCCGCCAUCCGACCGACGUUGAAGACGCAAGCAACUUGGAGCAGUGUCCAGGGUUCGGAUCGCUAGAGAAGCGAGAAGACGGGGAAAUUCGACCUGUGACCGUUGGUUCGUACAAUCGAUACAAGGCAGAGAUGUAUAAAAUUGCCAUUACGAUCAUGCGCCGCGUCUAUUUUACCAAAUACCGCAAACCUGAGGAGCUCACUCAACUGAUCUCGAAAUUGCAUCAGCGGUUAUUAGCACUGGAGAAGUCCAUUCCGCCUGAGUUGCGAGUCGAGAACCAUACUCAUCAUGCUAUGCAAGGGGGCCCGAACAUGGUGUCGCGGAAGAUAUUUGCUGUCCAGGCGCUUACUCUCCAAGUCUCAUACGACAACAUGCAAAUAUUCCUGUUCCGACCGCUGAUUUCUAUCGGUGGUAUCCCAAGAUCACUUGCGGGUACUCGUGAGAAUUCGCCAGGGCUUACCAACCAGACAAAUCUAGGGAACGCACCCAGCCUACUUCUAGACAUUGCGCAUGAUCAGUGUUGGACAUCAGCGAUGCGAACCUCCAUGGUGGGUCAAAGUUCGGACAUAAUGAAGCUAUCCCAAUUCACUUUCCCCGCCGUACAUGUCGGAGUACACACAUUUUCCGCGGGCGUGAUGCUAGGCUUGUUGGCACUGACCAGCCCGCUGUCUGCUCGUGGGCAGGAAAGCAAACGCGCCAUCGCCAAAAUCAUCCAGGUUCCAAAAAUGGCGAGGUUGAAGACGCAUGUAUGGGGUCAAAUGACACAGAUUCUCACAGACUUGAUGCACGUUAUCGCAGCUGAGGAGACAAAGGCUCUGAUAGCCGGUGUUGCGGGAGACGGCUCCAAAGAGACUCUCACAGAGCCAGAGGUGUUCGGCCAACCUUCGAAUCCGUAUGAGGGCUUGGAGGCAAACGCAAGGACAGCAGACUUGGCGGAUGGAGUAUCAAUCACUGCCACUGACGGAACUCAUUAUGAGGAGCAUGCUACGUUGCGGAUGAACUUGCCAACGGCCGUCGACGGCAGCACGUGUGAAAUGGUGCAGACACUGCAUUCUUCAGGCCCUUUUAUCACGGGUUCAGAAGAUCAGCAGGCUCAGUUUGAUGUAUUUGAGGCACCAAACCUGUGGAUUCCUCAACAGCCGGCUGAUCCUCUACAGAUGAUGGAUCAGCUGUGGAUGUGGGACGGCUCUUUUUCGUACCAUUAA